AUGGUAUCAUUUGUUUUGCAUCUGUGCCUUGCAGAAGUCCAGGACCCUUAUGCGGUGGUGGUGCUGUUGGAGAAGGACUUGAUUGUGGUGGAUCUGACACAAAGCAACUUUCCUGUGUUUGAGAACCCAUAUCCCAUGGAUAUCCAUGAGUCUCCUGUUACCUGCACAGCUUAUUUUGCAGAUUGCCCACCAGAUAUUAUCCCCAUUCUCUACUCAAUAGGAGCUAAAAACAAGAAGACUGGCUACAGUCACAAGGAAUGGCCAAUUGGUGGCGGAACAUGGACAUUAGGCUCUCACACUUAUCCAGAAAUCAUCAUCACAGGACAUGCUGAUGGGUCAAUAAAAUUUUGGGAUGCAUCUGCAUUCACACUGCAGAUGUUGUACAAGCUGAAGACCUCCAAAGUGUUUGAGAAGCCAAAGCCAGGUGAGGGCCGGGCUGCUGAGCUGGGGGAGGAAGACCCUUUUGCUGUUCAGAUGGUUAGCUGGUGCCCUCAUAGUCGCAUCUUCUGUGUGGUCGGCAUCUCGGCUCACAUUAUUCUGUAUCGCUUCAGCAAAUAUGAUGCCAACACUCAGAUAGUGUCCUUAGAAGUGCGCUUGCAGUGUGAGCCGGAGGAUAUUAUCACUCCAUCUGAGAAUGAAAACAAUCCCUGCUUCUCAGAGCCAGGCUCCCACUCACCCCAACCCCACCACCAGUACCCGGUUAGCCCUGGCAGCAGGACACCAGACGGUGCUAGAGACAGCAUCCCCUGCCUCAAAGUAAAGGACAAAAUGRUCCGGGUCCCUCCUGGCUAUCAGUCAGACUUGGUCAUCCAGCUGCUGUGGGUGGACGGUGAACCACCACAGCAAAUCACCAGUCUGGACCUCAAUUCUGCAUAUGGACUGUAAGUUUGUCUGCUGGUCUAUCUGU